AUGAGCGGUAUUCAGAACAACGAAGAGCGCGUCCGCAGCGGCCGCAACCGCAACCGCGGUCGAGGACGUCAGAGCAACAACCAUCCCGGCGCCGCGAGCAUGUACACCACUGGCAACAAUGCUAGUAACAUGAGCAGCUUCGCCCCUCCCAGCAACCGUUCAGGCUAUGGCAAUGCCGGCCCCAUAUACACCGGUAACCAAGGCAUGUACGCGUACAGCAACGAUGCGCGCGUCAACACCGGCUACAACAUGAUGAACCGCAACAUCCAGCGCAACGGCAAUGUCCCCAGUGCCUUCAACAACGCUGGAGCAAACGGCAUGCGCACCCAAGGCAGCAACAUGACUGUCAACAGCGGCUUCAACAUCACGGCGAGCAACAUGAACGGCAACAGCAAUGCAUAUGGCGGUUCGAACAGCAGUGCGAUGGGCCAUGCUGGCUACGACAACGCUGCCAACCCUCCUCUCGCUAGCACUCGUGCUUUCGUCAACGACGCCUCUGGAAAUGGUACCUCGUCUUCGGUUCGCGAUGCUGGUCGCGCUCGCAUCCAGUACGGUCCUGUCGGUGGACCACUGUCUGCACCAUUCCAAGCAGCCCCUGUCGCCAUGGCCGCUGCCGCUUCAGACGCAGCAGCUCGAGCCAUCAUCACUGCAGGCCCGAUCACGGUCUCCAUCGCCUCGGAGCGCGAGCGCCCGGGUGCCAAUGUCGCCUCUCCGGCAUUCAUCCAUGGUUUCGUGGUCACUCCGGCCAACUACAACUUGUGGAGCAACGUCUUGCUGCCGCACAUCACCCUCUUCACCUUCGAGGUGUCCAGCAGCUCAGACUUGCACUUCCUGGCCAACAUGCUGUCAUGCAGGCAACUUCCCCUCCUCCACCAGGCUGUCACGCAUGUGACCUUCCCUGGCUUCUACUGGUUCUCGGGCGUUGCCCAUAACCGCCGCGAGAACCCCUACUUCGUGUUGACGAAGACCCUGGUUGGCCUCCAGGACAUCUUGCUCCGAUUCCACACCGCAGGGAUCACCACGUCGCGCUUCGGUGAGCGGCAGAUGCUCGCAAUCGAGGCAGUGGACCCAGAGCGCGCCAAGGAGCGCAAGGUAAUGUCGCUCGACGAUGUCGUGGACAAGUACGGCCUGGGCGGCAUUUUCGCUUGCCCCCAGCUUCGUCGCAUCCGCGUCGAGUUCAUUGACUGCCCGCGGACGCGCUACUUCACCAGGGUGGGUGAUGUCGUCCUUCUCCUUCGCGAGAUCCAGAUGUGGUUGGUGACCGGGUGUGCCCAGGAGGGGCUGAAUGUUCUCGUGGAGCUGGAGCAGGUGCAGUGA